AUGAACCGCAAUCAAGCCAAUUCUAAUAUCAAGAGUCCAUUGCCCACAAGAAGUGUUAGAUCAAGGCUAUUCAAGGGCUUGAGGAUGUAUGAAGAUAAACGUUCCGCAAGUACUGCUGAAUUUGACGUCAAGAAAACCAAAUUGACGAAUGGCUUGAACAUUCCACAUAUACAGUCGCCUGGCAGAGCCAGGUCUGCGACUCCUACACUCGUUCAUGGUUUCAUGAAUGAGGAUACCAUGAAAGAGAGGCUUGCGCAUUACAAUUUAGACUUUGUGGAAGAUACCGAGGAACAUCGGGCCAAUAUACAUGAUCCUACAUCUAAAUGGUUCGGUAGAAGAGUGAAGCCUGGAGUGGAAUUAGAGGAUCUUUUACCGUACGAAAUCGAGUCCCAUUUAGACCAGGCCAAAUAUUUAUAUCACAUUGUGACUAACUUGUACGUUGCUAUCAAAUCAAUGGACGUUCAAGGCCUCAUCAGUAUCACUAGUCAAGAUUUGUUGGCAUUGAAGAAUGAGGUUUAUGAUUUGGCAUUGAAUUCUGAUAUGUUCCGGUUGGUUCAAGACGUUACAGAUGAUCCACAUGAUGUGGCUAAAUUUGACGAGGAUGACGAAGAUGACUCUAUGGAGCUGUUGGAAGAGAAUGAGUUUUUGGAUGCUGCGAAUCCCGAUUUUGGUGUCUCCGGUAAACUCACAGCAAGAUCGACAGCUGUAAUUAAUGUCAAUCAUUGGACUAAUGAGUUAAAAAAUUGUAUGCAUUUUGAGUUUCCUUUAACGCUACGUAAGGCGCUAGCGGUAGUCUAUUACAACUUAUGUCUAGUGAGGGGCCAAAAGGUGUACAGGCAACUUCAUUUAGAGAUGUUUGAAAAAUUAGUGGCUUGCGAUGAUGAAGGUACAGACUUUACGAGAGAAUUGAAAAAGAUUGGACUUGCGUUAGACUAUAAACCAAUGAAGGAUCUCUUGAACGAAUUUUUGCCUACAGUGGAACCUGAUUAUAAAAUGUACAAUGUAGAAUCAAGAAGUGAUUUGAGUUUAUUUAGGCUUCUAGUCAUGCUCUCUACUAUCGCUAGACCAUUUUUCGACGAGAACGAUGAAACAAUUCUCACAGAUACAAUGGACUACUUCCUAGAGUCUUUAGCACCAACCACUAUGUCGGUUGCAUUACCAUCACUUACUUGUUUGGUUCCUUAUCAUUAUCACAAGAAUAGAAAUGUCCUUGACUACUUUUCCGUAAUGUUUUCGCUUUGGUCAAAUGCAACGGCAGACAAUAGCUUUGAUACUCAUUUAUACGCCUUUGUUGGACAUGCUGCGAUGGAUGCAUACUACCAAAAUAUUCUGGAAGAGAAUCCACCAAUAAUAAGCAAUUCAAACAUUGAGUUUGGCGAACAUGGUAUCUUCACAGAAUCUCAGCUUAACUUCAUUUUGAAUCGAAUCAAAAACCAUAUCAAAGAAGAUUACCAAAUCUGUUCAUUCACUAGAGUAGUGAGGCCUUUGGUUUACUCUAUCAAUGGUAGAAGCCCGCAAGCUUUCUUCAAGAAACUUAAUGAACUUUUAUCAUCUAUUGAAACCUAUGUUCACCCUUCUAAUUCUGGCUAUUGGAGUGAUAUUAUUGCAAGGUUCAUUCAUGGUUUCAUCAGAAUGUACCACGAAAGAUAUAUGCGAGAGAAAAAGCCUGAAGCUAAAUAUAGAGAAGAACUAAAAUUAGACGAGGAUUGUCACGAAAUGUUGGUGAACUCAUUUAUUGAGCUACUGUUAGUGGGGUCACAAAGUAAGCAUUCAGAUCUUGCUAACUACUACAUUUCUUGUUUCGGUUACCUAUUAGACAUGAAGCCAAAGAACGGUUACAAAAUAUGCGAUAGGAUAAUAGUCGAUCUUUAUGAUGCUUUGACGGAUCAAUAUGUCAAUUCAGAGCAUAGGUUGUUAACAUCUUUGAAGCAGUUCACCAGAAUCGUCAGAGUUUUGAUUCAACAUGAAUUGUACCGUGUCCACAUAACGAACAUCUUAUCAAUUCUAAUUGACAAAAUCGAUUUCAACGACAUUUCUUUGACCAGCAAUUUAAUGAAUAGUAUAGUAUCCAUUUCAUGCUUUAUUCCAAUAGAAGUAUUUGUGAAACCGGAAGAAUAUCUUACUUUUGAAUCUAAUACUAUACCGUUCAUCGAGGAACAUCUAUUUUUCAUCAAACAAGGCGGUUCUUCUCCAGAUUUCGAAUACGAAUCUUCCAUUCUUUCCGAUGCUUUCAGAGCUUCAACAACCACAUUUGAAAACUGCCUGAAAGUAUAUGUCGAUAAACUAUAUCAGUUGGUUGAUGUUGAUAUAGAUGCAGGGCUAAUUUCAAAAAUCAACCAAACAUCAAUGAUUAUGAUACAGUCCAUGGAUGAUAAGAUGUUCUAUUAUUUCUUUGGCUUAUUAGAAAAAUCAUUCUGGGAUAAUGAUUCAUUUAAGGUGAAAAACCCUUUAAUCGAAUUAGUUUCGAUUCCAUUGAGUGCUGCCGUCAAGAGAGACAUAAGAUUGAGUGCUAGACUAUUCAGGGAUUUGGAUUUCAAUAUUAGAGAGCAGAUUAAAGGCGGAGCCGGUUCGGUGAGAAGUACAACAGAGAUUCAACCGAGAGAUGUCAAGUUGGCCACUUUAUUAUCGACUUUGAACGAUGUUUUAAGACAAUCACACGAAUCCAUCCUAAUGUUCGGUGAUGAGCUCAUUGCUUUACUAGAAUUCAUUUUUGACAAUGUUACAAACUCACCAUUAGACGUCAUUAAUGCAACGCUUCUACACAAUGCACUCGAGAGUUUGACCACUACUGAAGUCACUGACUACAGGCUCUUUUUACAGGAUGCCGAUGUAGAGAACUCCGAGAAAUGGGGUGGAUUCCAGUUUGAUAGAAGAAAAUAUUUGCCUGAAUUUCAACAAAUUGAGUGGCACCAACCGUCAUCGGAUGAAGUUGAUUUUGCCAUCAAGUUGAUUGAUCACUUCUAUUGCUAUGCUGUAGGAAUGACAGAGAAACUUAUGGACAAACCUCAAAACGACUUUAGUUAUGUUGACAAUAUGAAAAAGAAUAUUUUGAUCCUAACCAAUAUUCUAUCGGGUAGUAGCAUCCUAUAUGAUGCUGAUUAUAAUCAGAAUAACAAAUCCGUCAGUAAUAUGGAUCCAUAUAAGAAGAAAUUGUUGCUAUUACAAAAAAUCAGAGAUGAAUCAUGUGACAACAAUGAGCUUCUUGUAGAUAUCGAGAAAGUUAGAAAUGAUACCUUUGACGCAGAUAUAGAAAUGGAUGACAGCUAUGUUGAUUCUGACUCGCAAGGAAAUCUUGAUAUCAAUGCUGAUCCAGGCGCUGCAGAACACGAUCAAUUGGUUGACUACGAAACUGAACCAUCGGAGGCACCUUCAGGCAUUGCCACCCCAGUGCCAAGAGGUGAAGAGGAUUCAAACUGUUCCAUGAUGAAUUCUCAUACCGCUUUCAGGGAUAUUGAUGUGUUUUCGUACAAUUAUUUCUUUGGAAGAACAGCAGCUGAACGUGCGCUUGAUCCCAGAUACUCAAAAAUACAUCAUUUGAGACACGAGAUUGGUUUAUUCUUACACAAGCUCUUCAAAUUUUUAAAUCAAAAUUAUGAGAAUUCAACAUCCGUAUUCCAGACUUUAUUACAUGGUUUGAAGGUCUGGUUUACUGAUGUUGGGCAAGAAACUAUAUUCAUUGAUGAUCCAAAGGCGUCGAUAUCUGUGGAAUUCCUAGAAAACAUACAAGACAUAGCACACUGGGAGGAACCGUUCCUUCCAUUUACAAGAACGUAUCUCGCAGCUGACUGUCAGGAACUUCACCAGUCUAGACUUACCUUAUAUUCAACUAAUAGGAAACCAUCGAAACUGGAAUUGAAACUUUUGAAUGAUGUCAUUUCUUUAUCUCUAUCGGUGUAUCCAAACAUUCACAGACCCGCACAGCAAUGCAUGAUUCAUGUUAUGAAACAGUUAAUUGGUUCAUAUUCGAUAAUCGUAAGAAAGGUUUUCAAAGCAUUCGAAGCUGCACUUGACAGUACUGAUGCCGAAGCUUCUAAGAAAUUGGAGGUUUUGAUCCAGGUGUUAUCCAUGAAGAAAAUACAGAGAAAGAUGAUGUCAGAUUAUAAAAAUCUUGAGAAAAUGCUCACUCUUUUAUUGCGUGCAUCUCGUCUCGACUCUUACUUCUUAGUCUCACUUUGUGAUCAAGUCAUGGAGAGUGUGUCGGGCCUAAUCAAAAUUCCAUCUGCUGUAUGCCUAUUUGACGAAUCUGCGAUUGAUUGCCUAAAACCAAAUGAUGAAACAAUAGAUAAACAAGUUGCCGUUGUUAAAACAGCUAAGGAUAGGAAACGAAAGGAGUAUUUCUCGCAACUCGAAACCUUGCAUAUCAAUCUUGUUGAUUUCCAAAGGAAAGACCCACAGUUGCGUUGGAUGUCUAUUUGUCACAUAUUGCGUAUAGUGCAGGUCAUUCAAAUGAAUUUAGAGAUUAAACCUAACCAGGAGGUGUUAAUUCAAAGUUUCGAGUUAACGAAGACAAAACAUCCAUCUCUCAUAUCGAAUUGUAUGGUAACAAUGUUAAAUGUUUGUAACAAAAUGAUUUCCCUUGGGAACUAUAACUACGAUAUCGAUUCCACCUAUCGCACAGACUAUGUGAGACAAUAUGUGGAAUACUUGGACACAUCAAAACCAAACUUUGAGGAAGAAUACUUUAAAGAAAUUAAUAACGUUGAAAAUCCUAACUUUUUUGUGGACUCCAAAGCGUUUGUUGGUUGGUUAUGCCGAGGAAGGCCUAUGGGCGUUGUCAAAGCUGAAAAUCAGAUUCCAUUCAACCUUAAGCCCGAAGAUAUGGAAAUAAUGAAUAACUUUGGUAAGCUAAUAACAAAGGAGUGGUUGUUAGAUAUGUGCAACAUUUUCAUACGGUCCAAUGAGGAGCAAAGCAGCUUUAGCACGAAUAGAUUGAGUCUAUUUGGAAUCUUUGUUCACUUGAUUUCUAAUAACUGUUGUUCUAUGAAGUACGAAGAUAUCCUUGACAUUUGCGAAGAGAUAUAUGAAAAAGACGAUAAAUCUUCAAUGAUUGCUUGUAGUGAGAUCAUUUCGGGGCUAUUGUUCAGUUUGAAGUAUACGGAUGAGAAAAACUUACAGAAGUUUGAAAAGUUCUUAGAAAGGUUUUUGGGUAAAUGGUUAGACAACAACUAUAAUGCCACAACAACGGAUAUCUGGAGCAUUGUAGCUUGGUGGGUACCAUCUUUCAUUGAUUUGAGAAGAUCUGCUCAAAUAUACAAAAGGUUCUUGACCGUGGAUGGAUUGUUUGAUGUUAAAAGUGAAUCUUCAUUAGAACUUUCUGGUAAAUUGAUAAUAGUCACACAGGCAAUUUCAGAUGUAGGUUUCAAGAUGGGUUCUGUUGAAAAUUUACUCGAUCAAUUAGUCUUUGACCAUCCUUCCGACGUGGUUCGUCGUGAAGUUGGUAAACUUUUCUCAGUUAUCUUCUACAUAAAGGCAAAUGCUCAUCGUCCAAACGUGAAGUCUCUUCUCGAAACGGGGGCAUCUGGUCCAAUUGAGAUCAGAGAAAUCCCAAGCUGGUUGAGAGAGAGGGCUAUUAAAAUCUUCAACGAAAUUGAAAAAGAAAGAUUGUUGAUCAAGGACCUACCCGCUCAGGACAUCUUGAAGACUAGGUAUUUCUACUUGGCAUCAACUAUGUUCUAUUGGGCUGCUCAUUUAAUCAAUACUGGUGCUAGAGUGUGUCUGGGUCCAUUUGCUAAAUGUUAUUUGGCACCCUUCUUGAUGAAGUUAGACAGAAUGAGAGAUGUUUGUAAAAUGGUCAACAUUAAGGUUUACAGUAUUUACGUGGAACUUGCAUACAUUCCAAUAAGCCGCACGUUGUUACCUGACAUAAUUUCGAUCUUGGAUGACACAGAUUUGACUAGCUCUCAUGAAUUACGUGUGAAUUUGACUUUAGCAGAGAAACUUUUCUCCACACAAUCGUUGGUUAUGGACCAUGCUGGUAAAGUGAAGAUCUUAGAGUUCGUUUUGGACAAAUUGUUCUGUAAGAGUUUUGUAGAGGUUCGUCUCAAGGCUUCCUAUGUCCUUGCCGGUAUCGUGCAUAACAUAUCUUAUGAUACCGAUACUUUGCACACUCUCUUGGAAAACUUCAAGCGUCAACUUGGUUCAUAUACUUUCGAGGAGAAAGCUGCACUCUCCAAAUCCAACACAGAUAUUCACGGUGCGAUCUUGGGUCUCGGUGCCAUCAUCGAAGCAUUCCCGUACGUUUCACCGUUACCAAAUUGGAUUCCAGAGAAUAUGGCACUACUAGCGUCCUGGGCAAGAACAAGCGGUAUGUGCGGUGCUGAUGCAAAGAACAUCAUCUCUAGAUACAAGAAAGUUAGAGCAGAUACCUGGCAUUUGGACAGAUACCAGUUCACCUCGGAGCAAUUAGAAGAUAUGGAAGGUGUUCUUUGGAGGAGUUACUACGCCUGA